AUGAGGGAACUUUACCUUCAAACGCCGCAGAAUGAUCACACUUCAUCAAAUCGACGAUCAAAAUCCGUUGCCGAUUACACUAAGAAUCCUCAUAAGGUGAAUAAAAGGAGUUUGAAUUUCGUGUCUACGGCGGUAUCUGAAAAUGAAUCUUCAGUUUUUGAAUCACCGGAGAAAUCGAUCGAUUUCUCCAUCUCCGAGAAUUCCAUUACUUCAACAAGUCCAGUGGCUACACCUUCAUCAGAUACAGUGGCUCUUUCUAAUCACUCUCCAUCCUUAUCAUCAUCAUCCGUAAUUACUUGUGAGAAGUAUAUAGCUGCUAGUGUCUCGAACAGUAAAAGUAAAUGUCCUGAAGAAGUAAACUCUCUGAAGCAGAUUGGAUCUGUUGAAGCAGAGAUGGUGAUAAAACAUUUGAGGGAUGCUAGAAUUCAGGUGAUGAAUUCAAAUGAUAUGGGCCGGUCCAAGAAGCUUCUUGAAGUUUUGAUAAGUGUCAUUAUUCAAGAGCUCAGGGGUAGUCCAUAUGAAGAGAAGGAAUGGAUCGAUGAACUUGUUUCAAGCAAUGCUCGAGUAGUUAUCCUUAAUGUUUUGCUGGGAAUCUUUGUUAUUCUUGUGUUUGUGCUCAUCAAUUCUGGAGCAAAAGGCAUUCCUAGUGGACCUCCACCAACUUGA